AUGGUGCAGUUUCAUGUGCACUAUAGUGUCAUGACAACAGAGUCCGGCAAUUUGUCCCCAGCCUCGAGACCGAGGGAAGCUGGCUUGUCAGGCACAUGGAGUGUAGGUGUGCUCAGUGCAUCGCUUCACACGAUCGUCAAUUGGCCUCGAGAACAGUUGAAAUAUGUACACCGGUACCGCGCCCUACAGCCAUGCCUGAGCAAAUACGCUGGAUCCGGGUGA